CACUUGAAGGCAGCAUGGGACAAGUGAGGGAAAAGGAGGAAGAUAUCCACGUAGCCUGUCUUGCGUCGUAAUAGUCCAGCCCUGUAAUGUCCUCAAUGUGUACGUUUAUUUGAAGAAACGCUGCUUUCAAUUAAGCGGAUAACAGUGCUCAUAGUGGCGGGGUAAGGCGGAAAAGCCCGCGUUGGUCCUUGUUUGCUGAAAGGGAGAGGGCUAAAAUGGAGCUGGAAGACGGAGUUGUGUACCAGGACGACCCGGGGACAUCAGCGAUGAUGUCUGAGCGGGUGUCGGGCCUGGCCAACUCCAUCUACCGCGAGUUCGAGCGGCUCAUUGGUAAAUACGACGAGGACGUGGUGAAGGAGCUGAUGCCGCUGGUCGUGGCCGUGCUGGAGAACCUGGACUCGGUGUUCGCGGAAAACCAGGAGCACGAAGUGGAGCUGGAGCUGCUGAAGGAGGACAACGAGCAGCUCAUCACCCAGUACGAGCGGGAGAAAGCGCUGAGGAAACACGCAGAAGAGAAGUUCAUUGAGUUUGAGGACACUCAUGAACAGGAUAAGAAGGACCUGCAGAACCAUGUGGACAGAAUGGAGUCCCACUCCAGGCAACUGGAGCUCAAGAUCAAGAACUACGUAGACCAGAUUGGCAGAUUAGAAGAACGUGAAUUGGAGCUCAAGAAGGAAUACAACUCUCUCCAUCAGCGACACACAGAGAUGAUCCAUAAUUAUAUGGAGCACGUAGAGAGGAUCAAAAUGCAGCAGAUUAGUGAGACCUCAGAGUCGAGCACGGCCGGCCGAGUCAGGAGAGAGCGGCCUCUUUCUUUGGGGAUCUUUCCAUCGUCUGGUGGGGUGUCCCUGCUAACCCCAGACCCCCAGACCAAGGCAGAGACACUGAGCACAGAGGGCUGGAGGUUUACCGACCCAUCACAACCACGGUCCAAUACCAGCCUCAAGCAGUUGGACUUUGUCGACCCCCCAAAGGAAAUGGAGGGUAAGAGUGCGCAGGACUCUUCUUGGGGGAAUUCACUGGCAGACGACUGCAAGGAUGAGCUGUCGGACUUCACUGGCUCCAAGUCAGCUACUCCGAUGUCCACCACAGCCUCGGACAUGGAGAGGGAAGAUGGGAAUAGUAAGAGCAUGGAGGUGCAGGCUGCACCGGGAACCAGAUCCAUAUCAGUGGGUUUGCCUGAAAAUGAGGACAACUCAGAUGUGCAGGACAUCAUAGAGUCCACCCCUGAGCUGGUCAUGGAUCUCAUUGGAUACAAACCCUGCAGCACCCCUACUAAAGGCAUUGAGAACAUGGCAUUUGACCGCAAUACAGACUCUCUGUUUGAAGAGCUGUCAUCUGCAGGCACCGGACUCAUAGGGGAUGUUGAUGAAGGGGCCGACCUGCUGGUGGAGUACUCUGACCUUAGUUUGAUUGGUAUGGGCCGGGAAGUUGAAAAUCUCAUUCAGGAGAAUUCACAGCUGCUUGAGACAAAGAAUGCUCUGAACGUGGUGAAUAAAGACUUGAUCUUGAAGGUAGACGAGUUGACCUGUGAGAAUGAGAUGUUGCAGGGAGAGCUGGAGGCUUUGCUGCAGGCCAAGACCAAGCUGGAGGACAAGACCAGAGAGCUGGAGGAGGAACUCAAAAAAGUACGACUUGAGGUGGAGGAAGUGAAACAUAAAACUAAAGAUGAAGAAGAUAGUGACGUACCUACAGCCCAGAGGAAGCGCUUCACCAGAGUGGAAAUGGCCAGAGUGCUGAUGGAAAGGAACCAGUACAAAGAGAGACUGAUGGAGCUGCAGGAAGCUGUGCGGUGGACAGAGAUGAUCAGGGCCUCGAGAGAAAAUCCAACACUCGCAGAAAAAAAGAAAUCCAGCAUCUGGCAGUUCUUCAGCAGACUGUUUAGCCCCUCCUCAAGUGCCCCUGCUAUAAAGAAGGUGGAGUCCCAGUCCAACGUGAAGUACAACGCCCCGGGCAGCCUUGUGAAGAGGAGUAGCACCUUCUCCCAAUUCCCUACAGAGAAGUCCAAGACUUUCGACUUCCUCAAUGAAGAAAAGGACCAGUGCAGUUCGCCCUCACGUAGAGAGCUGAAGAGAGCCCAGUACAGACAGGUGAAGGCCCACAUGCAGAAGGAGGAUGGACGAGUCACUGCACACGGCUGGAGCCUGCCCAGCAAAUACAAGGAAAUGAAGGUAGCAAAUGGUGGACAGGUGGAGAACAAAAUGAACUUACCUGUGCCAGUAUACUUGAGACCUCUGGAUCAGAAAGAUGCUUCUAUGAAGCUGUGGUGUGCAGCAGGGGUCAACCUGUCUGGAGGGAGGACAUUACCCACAUCAGAGCUCACUAAGCAGACGAAGGGCUCUCAGAAUAGCCUGGACCAGAUGGAGCAAGAGAGUAAGGAUCAGGAGAAAGCAGAGCAGGAGAAGGAGUUGGUACUUCAGGACGAAACAUCCAGUAGGGUGUGGGUGUGCACCAGCACCCACUCCUCCACCAAGGUUAUGGUGCUGGAUGCCAGUCAGCCCUCUGACCUACUUGACAGCUUCUACGCCUGCAACACCCACGUUGUCUGCAUUGCCAGUGUGCCAGGUGUGUUGGAGACUGAUUAUCCGGCAGGCGAAGAGGUACCUCAAGACCUGGAGGCUAGCCAAGGUGACAGGGCUUCACUGGCUGGCAGUGUGGCCAGUGUGGGCUCUGCAGGCAGCGAUGGUGCGACGGCAGCAGAGGGGACCACCGCCAUCCCCCAGACAGCCAGCUCAGGUGUCACUGAUCAGCCGGCUGAGCACAGCGGCUACUCUGGCUCAGUUGAGCUGUCCAGAGAGACCAGUCCAGCAGAAGAUGGCAUUCCCACGGCGGAAGAGGCAACCGAAGCGACGGAGGCUAACGCUGGUGUGGGCGAAGAAGGGGAGGAGGACCAGGGAGCGGAUCAAAACCAGCCAGGAAUCUACACUGAGCACGUGUUCACUGAUCCGCUGGGGGUGGGACCCACUGACUCCUCUCCUGCAGACACACAAAGGGAACCUUGGCAGGAUGGUCUGACUUCCUUGCCAGAAGACUCAGACCCAUCGGAGGGGGAAGUCCUGAGGAUGAGCAGCGCCCUCCCCACCAUGUGGCUGGGAGCUCAGAACGGAUGUCUGUAUGUCCACUCGUCUGUGGCUCGAUGGAGGAAGUGUCUCCAUGCCAUAAAGCUGAAGGACUCCAUCCUUGGCAUAGUGCACGUUAAAGGGAGAGUGCUGGUGGCUUUGGCUGAUGGGACUUUAGCAAUUUUCCACAGAGGCAUUGCAGACGGUCAGUGGGAUUUAACCAACUACCACCUGUUGGAUCUGGGCCGGCCCCACCACUCUAUCCGCUGUAUGACUGUAGUGCAUGACAAGGUGUGGUGCGGCUACAGGAACAAGAUCUACGUCAUCCAGCCUAAAGCCAUGAGGAUAGAGCAGAAGUCGUUUGAUGCUCAUCCUCGCAAGGAGAGUCAGGUGCGGCAGCUGGCCUGGGUCGGAGACGGCAUCUGGGUGUCCAUCCGACUGGAUUCAACUCUACGCUUGUUUCACGCCCACACCUACCAGCACCUCCAGGAUGUGGACAUCGAGCCCUACGUCAGCAAGAUGUUGGGUACGGGUAAGCUGGGCUUCUCGUUUGUGAGAAUUACAGCUCUGACGGUGUCCUGCAGCCGACUGUGGGUGGGGACAGGAAACGGCGUCAUCAUCUCCAUCCCGCUGUCUGAAGCCAACAAGACAACGGGAACAGUGCCAAAUCGGCCCGGCAGUGCUGUACGAGUUUACGGUGAUGACAGUUCAGACGGCGCCAUGCCAGGCAGCUUUGUGCCAUACUGCUCAAUGGCCCACGCCCAGCUGUGUUUCCACGGACAUCGAGAUGCUGUCAAGUUCUUUGUCACCGUGCCAGGUCAGGCAAUGCCCCCUCCUGGCAGUGCAGAUUCAGGCUCAGAUGACCCACCAUCUGAAUCCUCUGACACAGCGACCUCUGAGCCCAAAACCUACCUGGUCAUGAGUGGUGGCGAAGGCUACAUUGACUUCAGAAUGGGUGAUGAAGGCGGUGAGUUGGACGGUUUAUCAGGGCCUACAGGCAGCCAGCAGUCUGCACCUACAAAGGGCGAGCAGAGCCACCUCAUCGUCUGGCAGGUCACAACCUCCCAUGAUUGAAAAAAAUAAAUAAAAAAUCACCACAGACUGUUGUGUCAACUUCAGGGCCGCCCACUGGCCCUUGCAUGCCAUUCUGGAAGAUUUUAAUUUGAUAUUACUGAUUGUUCUUAAUGCCUGAGUAGUUGACUACUUUGUAAAAAAAAAAAAAAUUAUUUUUAGUCCAUGUUUUGUACAGUUUAUUCUUUAUGAAUUUUGAAAUAGUUAAGAUGAGGUUUACGCUGACUUAAAGAAUUACGUCCAAGGGUCCAAGUGUUCCCUUCUGCGGGGUCGCAUGUUGGAAAAGCUGGUGCGCAGAGGAAAAAGGCCAAGUCAACUCGACUGAAAGUGUUAUUUUGAUCAGGUAAUGUGCGUAGACGUCUCCCAAAUGUUAAAAAGGGUUUAGAUGUAAAAGAUAAAAGGGAAAGGUGCUUGAAGCAUUAAAUUGAAUUUUUGAGUUUAACUGGAGUAUAUUUUAUAUUACACACAUAAGACUUUUACAUUUGUAAACCACAUGUCUGUACGUGUGUGAGCAUCAGGUGUGUGGGGGGAUUCACUGCAGUCUGUGUUGGUCAUUUUCAUUAUCUUUACCACCGGAGCUAGGUGUCAAAAUAUAAUACCUACAAGUCAAAAUGUAUAAAGAAUAGUUCAGUUAUUUGAAUGUGUUUCUGAGGCUGAUUACUCCACUGUAUUGUCUGAUUAUUGGAAAAGCAGCUUGCACGCACUAGUGGUAAAUCAAAUGUGCUUUUAUUCAGGAAAAGCUGUAGGAUGAAACACUGCUCGAGAAGGUUGGAUUAAUAUUAAUGACACCAAACCCUAUUUGCUUACUGUAGUGUAGGUUAGCAUUAGCCUGCAUGGGGAAAUUCUGUAUCCUCGUCCCUGUGUGUGUGUGUGUGUGUGUGUGUGUGUGUGUGUGUGUGUGUGUGUGUGUGUGUGCGUGCACUCGCGCCUGCUCGGACAUUUUAAAGUUAAACCCUUGUCUGCUGUGUGAGGCGAGUCUGCCUGUGCUUCCUGUUUGCUUCAGCUCAUUGGCACUUUAAAAUUUUACAUGUUAGUCGCUUGAGGUUUGGAAGAACACCCGUGGUAAUGUACACAGCAGUACUAUGUGCUAAUUGCGUGAAGGGAAUAAAAUGUUAAGAUAUUUCUAGCAAGGUGUCACCCCAGUAACCAAAGGACAGAAGAAGAAGCACCGUGAAACUGGCCAUUUCGUUAUUUUCAUAUGUUCCAACUUUAAAUGUCUUGUGAGUCUAAUCAUUUGAGGUUAUACGCAUGUGUUUUCAGCGUGUUGUCCUAUUGGAAAAUAAGCUUGAAUAAGGGAAUCUGACUAAAUGGCUAAAUCAUUCUUUGUUUUAUUGUUACAAAUCCAUUUGGAGGCAGUUAUUGUCAUUUUUAUGUUAUUAUUUUGAGUAUCGUGUGUGUUUUGUACUCAUGUGUAAGACACUUUUAUUAGGAAAUAAGUAUUUCAGUGAUUACUGCAACACGAUAGCAGGAUGCCAAUAUUAGGCAGGUGUUUUAAUUUGUUUUUAUAUCCGAAAAGUUGGGCCAAGACUGGCCUUCAGUCCAUUUCAAAACAGUAACUUUAUAUUGUGUUUUUGCCAUUUCAGUAUUUAUUUCCUUUGUUAUGGAGCCUAUCUUGGUUCAGAAUGUAACUUUCUACAUGUGCAAAAUAUAAUAGGAGGCUAUUGUAAAACAAAAUAGUCCAAUGAGUUUACAUGAUUGUUAAUAAUGGUUAAAUAAAAGAACUUGAUGUAAUCAUGUUGGAGAUUUUUGACAAACCAUGAGAUCAAAGUGUGCAAAACAAUAACUUUGUUUUUGAACAACACAUCCAUGUACUAAGCUAUGCAUGGUUUUUUUAAGAGAACACUGCUAUGUUUUCAGCUAAAUCUCUGUUUAUUGCCACCGUUUUGGGUGGGGUGGAUGCAUAUAUGUGUGUUUGUGUGUACAGUACAUGUGUAAAUGUAAGAGUUUGAACACAAGACACAUUUGUCAAUGUGUGUUUGAUUUUGCAAAUGUCAGUGUAUGUGUGCUCACUGUAUGUCCAUCUGUAAUAACCCAGUGACAUUUACCUGUUGUACUGGGCUUCUCCGGACCACAUGACGGUGGUCCGUCCUUGUCAAUGUUUGCUAAAAUGGCAUCAUAGCCUUACAGUAUUUUUAACAAUCUAUUAAACUCAGUUUCAUGGAGAA